AUGAUUGAUUUACUGGCCCGCUUGGUUGACCAGCAGGGUCAAGUACCUGGUAACCAACAAAGGGACCCUGAAGUAGGCGAGGAUAAGGCCCUGGAGCGGUUCCAAAAGUUUGCUCCUCCAAAAUUUCUUGGAGGACCUGAACCUGAAGUUGCCGAGAAUUGGUUCGAGCGAAUGGAGGAUAUAUUCGCCGCGUUGCAUUACACUGAAGAGAGGCAAGUUACCUUCGCCGUUUUCCAGCUGGAAGGCGCGGCCCUUUCCUGGUGGAACGUAGUAAGGGCCAAGUGGGAAAGGGAGCAAACCCCACGUACCUGGUUAAACUUCACUAGGGAAUUCAAUGAGAAAUUCCUUCCACCCUUAAUCCAGGAGAAAAGGGAGGAUGAGUUUAUUAAACUGCGCCAAGGCACUUCAAGUGUGGCAGAGUAUGAGACCCAGUUCACCCGACUUUCUAAGUUUGCUCCGGAAUUGGUAGUGAGUGAACAAAAGCGCAUAAGGCGGUUUAAACAAGGUUUGAAUGUGGAAAUCCAAAAGGAUUUAGCUGCCGCUCAAAUUGAUACCUUUAAAGAUGCGCUUGAAAAGGCUCAACGAGUGGAGCAGGCCUGA